UGUAAUAUGGAAUACACGGUAAGGUAAAGGCGUUUAAUCGUUCGUACUGUGAACACGUAAAAGAACUGUUGAUAGGUGGAAUACGACGAAAAGCCAACGGAAUUGUCAGGAUAAAAGUUGCUGUCCUGGCAAAAAUAAUUAUACUAAUUGCACACUGCAUGCUGCUAAACUUUCAGUAGUGUAAUGGAGAAAUAACACAAAGAAUUAUAAUCAGAAGAGUGAAAAAUAAUAUAAUGGCGUUUAAGUUUUAUUAUAAAUAUUUAUCUGUUUGCCUAAUUGGACUUUCCGUAAUUCUGUUUAUAGUAAAACAAACAGGUUAUGUUGACAGCAGACAGGAAGUAACAUUGGCACCGGAAGCAGACAUACACAGCCAACCUUUCUUUAGAAAUAAUGCAUAUAAACAAUUCUCGUCACAUAUUUCUUCAACUGCUACUUUUGAGGAAGCUGAACAGCAACGCCGCCUCAACAGAAUUGAUGACGUUUGCAAAAGAAUGUCACAUGGUAACACAGAGAAUAUUUUGAUUCAUAAACCCAAGAAGAUGAGCUAUUGCGUUGUACCAAAGAACGGAUGCACAUAUUGGAUACGUGUUAUGCGAUAUUUAAACAAUGAUACCGGAUCAAAAAUGAUACACAGUCCUUUCGAAAUGAAGAGGUUCGAAGCUCAUGGCCUUCGUUAUAACCAGACUAUGUAUCGGUUACAAAAUAAAAAACACCGCGAUGUCAUUUUCAACACUACAAGGUUUAUGGUCAGUAGAAAUCCAUUCUCAAGACUUCUUUCAGGCUACAUGGAUAAGCUGUUUUUACCCAUGUAUUGGGAAUUUCAGGGGACAAAACUGAUCAAGGCAGUCCGCUCUAAUCCCUUAGAAGGUAGUUUGAAGUGUGGACAUGACUUGAGUUUCCAAGAAUUUCUUGAUUAUUUGAUAAUAGCAAGAGCCAAUCCAACGAGAAUUGACGGACAUUUCCGACCCAUACAAUUUUACUGUAGUCCAUGUUUAUUCAAACCUAAUAUAUUGGCUAAACAGGAAACUUUUAAAAAAGAUUCAGAAUAUAUACUUCAGAAAUUUGAUCUUGCUUAUUUGGUUAAAAACUAUGAUCAUAAAUCCCACGUCAACGACGAACUGAGGAGUCUUUUGAAUGAGUAUAUAGGUUGGCUUAAUUCAAAAAUAGUAAAAGAAUGCAUAGGACAUGAACAAUAUCUUUUGAGAAUUUGGAAAACCUUUCAAAUUAAUGGUUAUCUCCCUUUAGGCUCAGAAAUUGCAUUGAAGAACAAAGCUGUGUCUGGAAAGGAAUUUAAAAGGCUGGUCAUUUCGUCUCUUCACCAUGGAGACGACAGUAAACAGAAAAUGAAAAAACAAAGACAUGAGAUGAUGGUAGAAAUGUAUCGAAACGUCUCACAACAAACACUGAAUGGAAUUAUUGACAUGUAUCAGUUUGACUUUGAGUUAUUUGGCUAUGAAAAGCGACCUAGUGAUAUUUUUAAGUGAUGAUAAUUAUAUUUUCGAUAUUUAAACAACAGGUUGGUUGCAUUUCGUAAAAGAGAAUGACAGCAGAAAAGUGGUCUAGACCACGGUAGCUUUAUUUGUAUUGAUUUUCUUUUAGAAAGGAUUAUAUUUUGAAGAAUGCCCUAUGGACAAGAAUUAUGAUACUUAUCUGGAAUGACCUGAACAAACAGUGAACAUGCUUUAUACAUGAAGUGAUUUAGACAAGUAUCACUGAGAUGGUCUAUUUUUUUGCUUUACUUUUCUGCACUAACAGGGAUAAUUAAGACAGAGGUAUGUGUGCAGUGUGCUAAGAAGGAAAUUGUGCACCGCCAAAGUGUAAACGGGGACUCACGGUCAACACGGUGAUUGAAUCCGAACGAGCUGUGGUGUUGUACUAACUAAGCCAUAGUUGCUCCCACGUUACAUGAAAUGAAUGAAUGAAUGAUAACGCCCUACUUUUCUGCACUAACCGGACUAAUAAAAAAUUCAUACAGCUUCCAGGUUGAUAUGAUGAUAUGAGCCAAAUUAUACCCGGACAGCGACACUUUCACCGACUCUUCACCGAUUUCUAACUGUCAAGGGUACUUUUAGACAAGAUUAUAAACCUGUAAUUGGUGAAAUAAUAAAGAUAAAAACUCGAGGAAAAUAAAGACAGCCAAUUGACGUUUCUUUUACUCACGUUU